AUGACCACCUGCUCCGCCGUUGGUAGUCGGCAGCUAAAACUAUCGUCGGAGCAAUCUUCCUCAUUAUCGUCGCCGGUGUACGUCACGCUACCUUUAGAUGAUCUCGGUGGCGAGGCGGACCCGGUGGGCACGGUGGGCAGGCGAGAGUUCACAGCUGAGUCAAUUGGGGUGCUCGCAGAAGCAGGAGUUGAAGGCGUGGUCAUGGAUGUGUGGUGGGCCCUGGUCGAGAGGGAGCCUAGGGUUUAUCAUUGGGAAGCCUUUUUGGAGAUGGCCGAAAUGGUUCAACGCAGCGGAUUAAAGAUUCGUGUCGUGCUUGCUUUUCACAGUGAACGGGAUUGGCCAACAUGGCCAAAAACGGUUGAUCUUCCUCUAUGGAUACUUGAAGAGUUCCAGAAAAAUCGUGGUUUAGGAUAUAAGAAUAGAUAUGGAUGUUCAGGAGAAGAAUACAUUUCGCUUGGGUGUGAUACCCUUCCUGUUUUACGGGGGCGUUCACCACUCGAAACAUAUGCAGAUUUCAUGAGGAGCUUCAGAGACAAUUUCAGACCUUUUCUAGGUCAUGUUAUAACAGGAAUUCAAGUUGGAAUGGGCUCCGACGGUGAAUUAAAAUAUCCUUCGGCUAAUAUACAUGAAUUGGUAAUUGGUCGUACGGGAGAGUUUAAUUGCUAUGAUAAGUACAUGGUUGCGUCUCUACAAGAAUACGCCAGAGAGCUAGGAAUGCCUGAAUGGGGAGAUGUAUGUCGUCUUUCAGAACCAUUGCAAUUUGCAGGAAUUAAAGGAAAUGGUAAUGAUGAUUCUUGGAAUACGCCGUAUGGUGCAUUUCUCCUCGAAUGGUACUCCGGGAUGUUGCUGAUGCACGGAGAAAGGAUAUGCGAGCAAGCUGAGGCCAUUUUCUCCGGGACAAAUGUAACUAUGUCAGGAAAACUAGGUGGGUACUAUUACCAUUAUCUCCAUCCAUCUCAUAUUUCGGAGCUAACUGCUGGCUAUUACAACACUUCAACAAGAGAUGGAUACUUGCCGUUUGCUCGCAUGUUUGCUAGGCAUGGGUUCACGUUAUGCUGCUCCUCUUUUGACUUGAAAGAUGAGACGGAAAGGUAUUGCACCAGUAGUCCAGAAGGUCUUCUCAAGCAGAUACUCUCAGCUGCUAGACUUUGUGGUAUACCCGUGGAAGGUGAAUCUUCUGACCCAUGUUACAAUGGGAGACUAACAUCGUUAAAACAAGUGGUAAAAAUGUCAAAGAAUUACUUAUCUGGACUUGAAAACCCUUCCUUCUCAUUCAAACUGAGGGCCGACAAGUUCAAGUCGUUCAAGUCACCUAAAUAUUUAUUAGAAAAGCAUUCUCGAGCUACGUUUACUGAUUUUGUUAGGCGAAUGUCUAAUCUCAACGAUUAA